AUGUCCACAACGGCAACCACUGCAAAGGCUCCCAUCAAAACGCUGACCGAAGAUGAGGAAUUAUACGUAGAGUCUGAAAGUAAACUCUUCGAGUUGUAUAAACACAGAUCAAACAACAUUACUCAAGCACAAUUGUUGGAAAGAGAGAAGAGAAUGGCAACACUCACUUUUGCUGAAUUGGAAAGACUUCCCGAAGACACUCCAACCUACAAAGCCAUCGGAAGAAUGUACAUCACCAAGAGCAAGGGUUCUUUGAAGGAAGAUAUUGGUAGAAAUAUUGAAUAUUGUGAAGCUGAGCUGAAAAAGCUCCAAGAAACAAGAACAUCCAUCUUGAAGAGAAUUGAAGCCGAAGAAGAAAACUUUAGGAAUAUUUUCCAAAAGAUUCAACAACAAAAAGCAGGACAACAGAAAUAG